AUCUCGCUUCGUCUUCUUUUUUGCUGGCUAGGGUUUUUUCUUGUUCAUUGAGUCCGGUUCUGAUCUUUCUUGUUAUUGGAGCUUGGUUUGAAGCUUUUCGAAACAAGUUAGAUCUCCCAUUUCGUAGAUUCCAGGUAAUGUCUCUUGUCUUUUACCAUCUCGCUUCGUCUUCUUUUUUGCUGGCUAGGGUUUUUUCUUGUUCAUUGAGUCCGGUUCUGAUCUUUCUUGUUAUUGGAGCUUGGUUUGAAGCUUUUCGAAACAAGUUAGAUCUCCCAUUUCGUAGAUUCCAGGUAAUGUCUCUUGUCUUUUACCAUCUCGCUUCGUCUUCUUUUUUGCUGGCUAGGGUUUUUUCUUGUUCAUUGAGUCCGGUUCUGAUCUUUCUUGUUAUUGGAGCUUGGUUUGAAGCUUUUCGAAACAAGUUAGAUCUCCCAUUUCGUAGAUUCCAGGUAAUGUCUCUUGUCUUUUACCAUCUCGCUUCGUCUUCUUUUUUGCUGGCUAGGGUUUUUUCUUGUUCAUCGAGUCCGGUUCUGAUCUUUCUUGUUAUUGGAGCUUGGUUUGAAGCUUUUCGAAACAAGUUAGAUCUCCCAUUUCGUAGAUUCCAGAUGGCGUCCACCUCCUCAGCCACCUCCUUGACCAUUGAUGUUCCUGAGAUCAAUGAACUGCCCUCCAACCCUGAUACCAAAGAAGAGGACGUAAUUACUGCUUUCAAACUUGAAAUGAAAGAACUGAAGGAGGCGAUGAUGAUAGAACUCGAAAGCAUUGAAAUAGGAGGAAAAGUAAGAAUAUCAAAGCAGCUGGUUGCUCUUGGGUUCUGCCUCCCAGCCCUUGUAAUGUUUGGUUUGGCGAUUAAGGAGGCUGAACAGGUAGUCGAUAAGCUGGAAAUUGGAGCAAAAAUGUUGUCGAAUUGCGCAGUGGUCGUACUUUUUUGGUGACUACGUUACUUUUUUGGGCAUCCUACAAGUUGAACCGCGGCUGUCAUUCUGAUGUCACCUUACAAUGAUUCAGAGCAAACAGAUAAAUAGAUUGUCACAGUUGCUUGAAUAAAAUGUCUCCUGUGAAUUAAUAAUCA